UAUACCUACGUCCUGGUAUGUCCCUUUAAUCAGCAUGGGUCCGUCCGCGACUGACGUUGAUCUGCGUGUCUGGUUGUUAGUGAAUUUCUUUGUCUGAUUUCGUUCGAAAUUUGAAAGAAAACAAGAGUGCCAUCAAUCCAGAGGUGAGUCUCUUAUUGUCUUGAUCCAGCGGAUUGGCUAGGUUACACCGACACUCGCAAAAAUGACCGAUGUGAAGAUGGAGGAUAAGAAACAAUGGGAUUUCGACGAUUUACUGCCGCACGUCGGAGAAUUCGGUCGCUAUCAAAAGUUAUUGGUGUGGUUGGUUUGCCUGCCGGCUUGCAUUCCUUGCGGAUUUCACGCUUUCAAUCAGCUCUUCAUGGCAAAUGUUCCAGACCACUGGUGCAAAACUCCGCCGGAUCUGGAACAACAAAACUGGACCUUAAUUGAAAGAAAAAUGGCCACCAUUCCUUACACGGUAAAUCAAGGAGUAAUGGAGUUCAGCAAAUGUACAAUGUUUAACGUUUCGGAACCAACCGACGGCAAUAAUAUUACCGAUUGCCUAUACGGAUGGGAGUUUGACAAUUCAACCGUGUCUUCGUCGAUCGUUAUUGAUUUUGAAUUGGUUUGCAGUCGCAGUCUGUACCCAACCAUUGGUCUUUCAUUGUUAAAUGUGGGAGGCAUUAUUGGCGUUUACAUCUUUGGCGUAAUUAGCGACAGGGUAGGAAGGAAGAUCUCGUUUUUCCUCUGUCUGGGUGUCGAACUUGCCGGAGGCUUCCUCACAGCCCUUGCACCAAAUUUUUGGUUAUGGGCCGCGUGUAGAUUUGUGGUAGGGCUGACGAUCCCGGCCAUCUAUCAAAUUCCAUUCAUCAUAGCUCUGGAAUUGGUUGGACCCACUUACAGAACCUUCAUAACCGUCAUGACGUGUCUGUUCUACACAUUGGGCAUGUUACUCUUAUCCGGAGUAGCUUACGUGGUACGCGAUUGGACCCAUCUUUGCUACGCUACCACUCUGCCGUUCCUCGUCUUUUUCAUCUAUCUAGUGUAUCUGCCGGAGUCUCCUCGCUGGCUAAUGUCACAAGGUCGUUUCGCUGAAGUGAAAUCUAUAAUGAAAACUUGCGCCAAGAUCAAUGGAAAAGAAUUCCCCGAACAUUUGUUGCCACAAUUAGAAAGAAAAAUGACAGAGAACCGCAACUCGAGUCUGUCACGACAGUCGACGCCAAAGGAACACCGCAAGGUCGUAGGCGUGAUGAGUUUGUUCCGCACACCGAACAUGCGACUCAAGACCAUCCUCAUCACUUUCAAUUGGUUUGCAAACAACACAGUUUAUGUCGGUUUGAGUUACUACGGACCGGUGAUGGGUACCGAUGAAUAUUUUUCGUUCUUUCUCUCCGGAUUGGUGGAGAUUCCGGGCUAUCUCUUUCUGUUGGCUGUUAUGGAUCGUUGGGGAAGACGUUGGCCACUCUGCAUGCUAAUGGUGGUCGGGGGACUCUUUUGCGUGGCAACUGUCCUCAUGCCUGCAGAUGCGGUCAACGAGACCUUAAUUCUUUAUUUGAUCGCGAAAUUCGCAAUCGCUGCAAGCUUUCUCAUUCUAUAUCCCUUUGCUGGAGAACUGUAUCCGACCGAAGUGAGAGGCAUCGGUAUCGGCUUCACCGCUUAUUUGGGCGGUCUCGGUUUAGCAGUUAUCCCGUUCGUCAAUUAUUUAGGUUCGGAAAUGCUCGUUCUGCCUUUAGUUGUCAUGGGUUUCAUCUCGGCUAUUGGAGGGGUCGUAGGACUACGUCUUCCUGAAACUCUCUUUAAAAAGCUACCACAAACGAUGGAAGAAGGCGAGGAAUUUGGCAAGGAUUUUGGCAUGAGAGAAUGCCUGCAAUGCAUUCCUGAAAAGCCGGAGGAGUCUAUAGAAAUGCAUGAACUUGCGGGGCACGUCGACAAUGAAGAGACGCCUCUUCGAGUGGAAAAUACUACACCAUUGUCAACGCCUCUGGCAAACCGAAAAUCAAUGCGCAAGAUAUUAGUUCAUCGAAUGAGUUCGCUCGAGCUGCCAGUUGAUAAAUCCGGAUUAGUUAAGUUACACUAUUGGUAUUGAAAAUCAAUUGAAAGUGAUCUGUAACGAUAUCACUUUAUUGCCAGUCUUUUAAGGUUCAAGUACAAAAAUUUAGUUAAUUGCAACGGCAAUGUAGACGUUACUCACUGGAAGGAUUCACGAAGAAUCGUCUCCGCCUGCUGUCGUGCCGAUGGACCGAGUUGCGUUACUUUGGCUUGAAAUCUUUUGCCUUUUCCUGCGCCUUUUCCCGCUAGACAACUACAAAUCCUAGAUUUUUUUAUUUUUAUUUUUUAAGUUUAUUAUUAUUAUUAUUAUUUUUUCAUUUAGUUUGUUAAAUGAUUGCGAAAGGGCAUACUUCGGACCAAGGGUGCUGAUUACUUCUUCUUGUCCAACAAGAGUCAUCUGUCCGUUGUUGUCUUCUCCAACAGUAAUAAGUAAAGUGACGUCCUAAACAGGGAAUAUAAUUAACGGUCACAGACAGAAAAAAUUAAAUAUACAGUCAUAUACUACCUCAGAAGCCAGCUCAGCUAUCAAAGCACUUGCGAAAUCGGCAUCUCCGUCUUUACGGUGAACUACGGCAAAUUUCGGCUUCUCGGCUUUAAUUUUCUCUGCCUGAACGACAGCUAAUUCCUUCAUCAAAGCUUGCAAAGUCUAACAUUUUGCCAAUGUGAAAAAUCGAACAGAAAUCAUAACGAAUUAACAUUAAAUCCGAAUGUAAGACAAAGGGCGCUUUACUUUUUGAGAAAGCUUAACCGAGGCUUGUAAUUUCGUUGCCAAAUCAACGUGAUCUUCCGGGCCAUUUCUGGAAUCAGAAAAUAAAAUCUUAGAUCUGGUGGGUGUCAAAAAAUC